AGAGAAGCGAGAGAGAGAGUCAGAGGGAGAAAGGAGGAGGAAUCGGACAGCCAUUACCAUUAAGGAUUAGGCUACGUUUUCUCGUUUAUAUUCUCCCCAGCGCGUCACCCCUUCCCGGCUGUGCGUCGAUCCGUUUUUUUUGGGAAAAAGCGUGGUAACAGAAACCCGAUCGGAGGAGCGGAAAAAACGUCCAACCUUUCAUCCAUCCCUCCAUCCAUCCAUCCAUCCAUCCCUCCUUCCAUCCAUCCAGGAGGAGAGGGAGCAGCGGCGGCAGCAUCCCCGGCCUCCCUCGCUCUGUGUUCGGAUUCCAGGACCGCUGCUGCCCCGGUGAAGCCCUGAAGUAAGAUGGAGUCGUCAGACGACGAUACUCUGAGCGAGCGCUCCUGCGUCAGCGAGCCGUCCUUCCGUAGCGAGCGCUCAGGGGGGUCGUUGUCCCCGUGCCCGUCAGGACCCGUGGGUCCGCCCGGAGACACGUUGCCGUGGAAUCUGUCCAAACAUGAGAGGAGGAAGAGGAAGAGCCAGGACUCGGUGCUGGACCCGGCGGAGAGGGCGGUGGUUCGUGUCGCAGAUGAGCGGGACAGGGUGCAAAAGAAAACCUUCACAAAAUGGGUCAACAAGCAUCUCAUCAAGGUGAGGAAACACAUCACAGACCUGUACGAGGACCUGAGGGAUGGACACAACCUGAUUUCCUUGCUGGAGGUCCUCUCUGGAGUCACCCUGCCCAGAGAAAAGGGGCGAAUGAGAUUUCAUCGACUACAGAAUGUCCAAAUAGCGCUGGACUUCCUCAAACAGAGACAGGUCAAACUUGUGAACAUCAGGAACGAUGACAUCACCGACGGGAACCCCAAGCUGACGUUGGGUCUCAUCUGGACCAUCAUCCUUCACUUCCAGAUUUCAGAGAUCUAUGUGAGCGGUGAGUCAGGCGACCUCACAGCCAAAGAGAAGCUGUUAUUAUGGAGCCAGCAGGCGACAGAAGGCUUCCCCGGCCUCCGCUGUGUCAACUUCACCUCAUCCUGGAGCGACGGACGCAUGUUCAACGCUCUGCUGCACAGAUACAGGCCAGACCUGAUCAACAUGGAGGUGGUUUCGCAACAGAGUAACCGGGAGAACCUCGAACAGGCCUUUGAGAUCGCCGAGUCGCUAGGGGUGACCAGUCUGCUGGACGCUGAGGACGUUGAUGUUCCAGUUCCAGAUGAAAAGUCGGUCAUCACCUACGUCUCCUCCAUCUAUGAUGCCUUCCCCAAAAUCCCUGAGGGAGGAGAUGGCAUCGCCGCACAGGAGGUGGACCAGCGCUGGUCAGAGUACCAGUCCAGGUUCUCCUCUCUGCUCCAGUGGAGCCGCCAGCAUACGGCCCUAAUGGCCAACAAGAACUUCCCACUAAACCCUGUGGAACUCAAGGCACUUUACAACAAGUACGUCCAUUUCAAAGAGACGGAGAUCCCCGCGAAGGAGAUCGAGAAAGGUCACAUCGAACAUCUUUACAAACUGCUGGAGGUGUGGAUAGAGUUUGGUCGUAUUAAGCUCCCUCAGGGCUACCAUCCUAAUGACCUUGAGGAGGAGUGGGGCAAACUCAUCCUGGAGAUGCUGGAGAGAGAGAAGGCUCUACGGCCGGCUGUGGAGAGGCUAGAACUGCUGCUUCAGAGGGCUAAUAAGAUCCAGAACAUGGCUCUGGACUGCGAGGAGAAACUAACCCUCGCUAAGAACACACUCCAGGCUGACAUGUCUCGAGUGGAGAGCGGCGAGGCAGUGCAGUGUGAGCGAGAGCUGGCCUGCUACCUGCAGGACUGCGAGUCUCUGAUCAGACAACUCAACCAGGAGCUUAAAGUCCUGCGAGAUGAGAAAUACUACCAGGUGGAGCAGCUGGUGUUCAGAGUGUCUUGCCUUCAAGAGGAGCUGGUCUCCCUCAGACUGCAGUGCUCCAGUGUCUACAGGAAAGGCCACUUCUCCCAGGCCCUGGGCAACACCGGGGCAGAGCGUCUCAGCCAGACAGCCACAGACAGUGGCCUGACGCUGGGGCAGACACUGCUGGGAGCUGUGGGGGCUGUGGGUGCAGUCGGUGCCGCACUCCUGCGGCGACCCACUGCUCGCUCCCAGCUGGUGGCCAUGUCGUCAUCAGAGGACGAAGGAAGCCUGCGGUUCAUCUACGAGCUGCUCGGAUGGGUAGAGGAGACACAGGAGCUUUUGGAGCGUGCUGAAUGGGGCGCAGACCUCCCCUCUGUAGAAAACAACCUCCAAGAGCACAACAGCAUACACACUGCAGUCGAGGAGCUAAUGGGCGGCCUACAGGAGGCACGCAGCUAUGAGGCUAAAGUUUCUCCAAACUUCAAGAGCAGUUACUCUGAAACCCUGGCCAAGCUGGAGCACCAAUACUGCAAACUUCUGGAACAUUCGUCAUGGCGCCUGCGGAGCUUGGAGAGCCUGCACACAUUUGUGUCGCACUGCACUGAGGAGCUGAUCUGGCUCAACGAGAGGGAGGAGGAGGAGAUUGCCUUUGACUGGAGCGACAACAACAGCAACAUGAACGCCAAGAGAGAAUUAUACAGCGAAAUGAGGUUAGAGCUAGAGGAAAAACAAGAUGUGAUGCGGUCGCUCCAGGAAACAGCCAACCGUCUGUGUCUCGAGAACCAUCCAGCCAAACAGACUGUGGAGGCUUACAGCGCAGCGCUGCAGACUCAGUGGCAGUGGGUGAACCAGCUUGGUGUGUGUGUGGAGCAGCAUCUCAAAGAUAACACGGCAUACUUCCAGUUUAUGAGUGAUGCUCGGGACUGUGAGUCGUACCUGCGCCAGCUCCAGGAAACCAUCAAGAGACAGUACACCUGUGACAAGAACAGCAGACUGAGCAAACUGGAAGACCUGCUGCAGGACUCAAUGGAGGAGAAGGAGCAGCUGAUUGAGUACCGGAGUACAGUGGCGAGCCUGGUGGGCCGGGCCAAGACGGUGGUGCAGCUCCGCCCCCGCAACGCAGAGAGCACCCUGGGGGCCACAACACCCAUCAAAGCCAUCUGCGACUACAGACAGAUAGAGAUCACAAUAACCCGAGGCGAGGAGUGUGUGCUGGAGGACAACUCUCAGAGGACCAAGUGGAAGGUGAUCAGUACGACAGGGAAUGAGGCCAUGGUCCCCUCGGUGUGUUUCACCGUCCCACCUCCGAACCAGGAGGCCAUGGACACAGCCAGCAAGGCCGAGCAGCUGUACCAGAAGGUCAUGUCUCUGUGGCAUCAGCUGCAUGUGAACAUGAAGAGUGUGGUGUCUUGGCACUACCUGCUCAAAGACAUCAGGACUGUCUCCGGAUGGAACCUGGACACGGUUCGAAGUCAGACUCCAUCAGAGCGGCAGCAGGUCUUGGAUCACCUGGAGUCCCAGUUGGCCGACUUCCUGUCUGACAGCAAAGAGAGCUCCGUGUUCACGGCAGGCGAAAAACGAGAGCUGGAGAAGGACGUUCAGCAGGCCCAGCAGCACUGUCAGGACCUGGUGCUCAACAUGGAGACCGUGGAGAAGGAUGAGUCGCUCUCUCGUUCGUACCUUUCGGAGCUGCAGAACAUCACCCUUCGUCUAAAUGAGGCCGAGCAGAGACUGAUGAGGGGAAUUCAAACUACGCCUCCCAGCCGGCUGUCAGCUGACAGUGCUGACAACACUGUCCAGAUAGCGGAGCAGGCGAAGCUGCAGUCUGAGCUGGACACCCUGCGCUCCGGUUUGGGUGACGUGUCCCGGCGCUGCGUCAGUUUCUUCGAGGAGAAGCCGACAUCCUCCAGCAUUCCCGUCCUCCGGUCUGAACUCAACCAGGCUGUAGAGAAGACAGACAAACUGCACAACCUCUCGUCUGUAUACCUAGAGAAGUUAAAAACGGUAGACAUCCUGAUGCGUAGCCUGGAUGAAGCGGAGAGCCAGGUCAGGAAGAACGAGAGCAGACUAAGUGAAGAGGACAUUGUUCCUGCUGACACAACGGCCAUUCAAAACCUCAGAGAACAACUAGGGAAGUGGCAGGCCGAGCUUGUCGAGCAGGAGGGCAUCUUCCAGACUCUGCAGUCAGAGUUAGGUCGGGCCAAAGAAGCGGGCUCUCAGCUCAGCAGGCUCCACCCGGACCGCAGCCCCGAGAUGGAGCGCUACCAGGAGAGAGCCAAUCAGAUCGCAGAGAGGUGGAGCGGGGUGAAGAGACAGAUGGAGACACGACACACCGAUCUAGAAGCUCUGGGCUCGGCCCUGCAGAAGUACAGAGACAGUCAUUCUGCUCUGAUCAACUGGAUCGAAGAAACGACCGAGAGACAAGAAAACACACAGCCUGGACAGACAGACAGCCGAGCGCUGUCUGAACAACUGGCCCAGCAGACGGCAUUAGUAGUUGAGAUUGAACAGAAUCAGGCCAAACUAGACGAGUGCCAGACUCACUCCAAACAGUACUGCACCUCUGUGAAGGAUUACGAACUGCAGCUGAUGACCUACAGAGCCUUUGUAGAAUCUACACACAAGUCACCGGUCAAGAGGAGGAGGAUGCACUCUUCCUCUGACGCCAUCACUCAAGAGUUCAUGGACUUGCGCACACGAUACACAGCGUUGGUCACCCUGACAACCCAGCAUGUGAAGUACAUCAGUGAUGCACUGAGAAGACUAGAAGAAGAAGAGAAAGAGGUGGAGGAGGAGAAGCAGGCCAGGGUGGGCCAGGUUUCCGACCUGCUGGGCUGGGUUAAAGGCCUCCAGGGACGGACUGGGGGCCCCAACGCCGAGUCUUCUCUUGCUGCUCAACAGGCCAUCAGUGAACAGCUGGCAGCCAAGAAAGAUGAAGUGGCUGAAGCCAAAAGGAGUACUCAGGUCUUCCUGCUAUCAAAACAGGCCAGCAAGUUGUCCCCAGAGGAGCGUGCUCAUGUAGAGGCUCAGCUGGGCGAGCUGACGGCCACCUACAACCAGCUGUGUGACAGCUCCACCCAGCAGCUGCAGCAGCUGGAGCAGCAACUGGCCAAAGAGGAGGAAAGAAAGAACCAAAUUGCCAUUGCUGGAGUAAUUGACCUGGGAACAGUGGAAACAUUCCCAGUGUUCCAAGCAGCCCAACGUGGUCUUAUUGACCAGGACACCUGCCAUGUACUUCUGGAGGCCCAGCUCAUUAUGGGUGGGCUCCUCCAGCCGGACUCCCCUCUCAAUCUUUCACUGGAACAAGGUCUAGCUCAAGGCCUAAUUGACACUCAUACCAGACAGUCCCUUUCUGAGCUAGAGAGUGCCUUGCUCUUGGUGGAAAAUACUAAGUCUACAGAUGACCAAAAACAAAAUGUGUUGCCAGUAGCUAGAGCCAUUGAGUUCGGGCUCAUUAGAGAGGAGGUGGGACUACGUAUUUUAGAACUUCAAAUGAACACUGGAGGCCUGAAAAACUCAAUGGGAAAAGUUAUGAGUUUGGAGCAAGCAGACGACAGGAGACUUUUGUCUCCCCGAACCCUCAACAAACUACAGUCAAGGCAACAACAUAGAGAGCUGAUUGAUCCAAACACAGCUGAAAAAUUAAACCUAUAUGAGUUACAACAGCGCUGUGUCCUCGACGAUAUCUCCGGUCUCCUUCUCCUCCCCGUCAAACAGCAACCUGGAGGAACGGUCUGCCUCCGGUCCGGAAGAAAAGUUGGCAUAUUCCGCGCAGUCCAGGAAGGUCUGAUUGAUCGGAAAGUUACUGUACGACUUCUUGAAGCUCAGCUCUUUGCCGGUGGUAUCGCUGACCCACGGUCUGGCCACCGUUUGACAGUUGAUGAGGCUGUUCGUCAUGGGCUUAUGGACCAGGAUCUAGCCUGUGCCAUGUUAGCACGACAGCUGCAAAAUGGUGGAAUUCUAGACCCUUUCAGUGGAAAACGCCUGGAUUUGGAAGAGAGUAUUUGCAGGGAUCUUCUCUCUCCACGUUUGGCUGUGUUGGUUCUUGAGUCUCUUUGGGCUUUCAGGGGAAUACUCUGGCCUGAAUCCGGAGAACUCCUGCCCAUUGUUGAGGCUCUUCAACAAGGAGUGAUCUCAGGAGAGCUAUCAAGGAACAUUCUAAGGCAGCGACAUGCCAUUGGGGCGCUAUACAACCCAGAAACCCUCCAGGUGCUGCCCCUAAAUCAGGCUGCUGAAAAGGCCCUUGAGCCCAGUGUGGUCAGUUUUCUCAAAGACAUCCACAUCCCAGAUGUUCUUUCCAGCAUGAACCAGUCAGGCACCCCAUCUCUAAACCGCUUGAGCUGGGGUUCCACCAGCUCCUCUCCACCUCCAUCCUCUCCACCACCUUCAUCUUCUCCAGCAGGCUUUGUCUGGGAUGAAACACCAACACAUGGAAUGGAUCCUGAACAGAAAGCAAAACACAAGCUGCUGUUUCACCUCAUGACUCAAAGCUAUGUGGAUGCUCAUUCUGGAAAACGAUUGGUGCUGCUAGAUCCUGAGUUGGUGGAGUUGGUCAAAGCUACUGAACUGGUUGCUGGAGACUCUGUAUAUGGAGACCAAGUUAAGCCACAAAGCAGUUUGACCACAGAUGAGCAGGGGGAGUUGCAAAUGGUGAGAGAGUUUAGUUUGACAGAUAAAGAGAUAAGUGACAAACAAACUGAGGUUAAAGAAGAAAGUUCAGAUAUAGUUACACCAUGCAAAGAAUUUGAGAUAAAUGUUACAGGUAGUCUAGAAGAUAGGUAUGAGGGAGCAAAGGACAACAAUUUGCUGCACAAACCAUCUGUAACUGUAGAGAGUGAUUUAGCCUUUGCAGCGAAAAAUGAAAUUGGUGUGGAUAAAGAUGCAAAAGUAAAAGCUCAAAAGAAAGAACUAUCCAAUCAUGAAAGUUUAAUGGCUUCAGCUAAAAACAUUGAAGGCCCAAAUAAGCUGGUAGAAACCGAAUCCAAACCCAGGGAUAGUAGUGGCCAGGAGACUGAAAGUAAAACCGAAACAAUAGAUGGAAGAACCGCUACGACACAACUCUCAAUGUUAAAAGAACCCAUCCAACUGGAUGCAAAAUCGAAUGAUGUUGAAUCAACGCCAUCUGAUGAUAGGAAAGAUAUAAAGCAUUCCCAGACUAAAUCAGAAAGGACCAAACAAAAGAUGCCUAUAACAGAGACUGACUCAGAGCAUACUAAACCUCAGACGAAUAUCCUUGAAUCAGCAGUGGAGAAGGAAGGGGAAGAUAAUGAAUUGGCGAGGUUAGUCCAUGAGCUCAAACACGGAGGUCUGAUGACAGAGGAAGGGGAAAAGUUGCUCCCAGAUGAGGCAGUAGCCCAGGGUGUCCUCCCUGGCCACACGGCAGUUAAAAUAAUGGCUCAGGCAGGUUUGUUUGGGGGUUUCCUAGACGCCAGCAGCGGUGAGUCACUUAGCAUGGAGGAUGUUAUGCAGGAGGGUUUACUAGAUGAAGAUCUAAUGUGGAGUGUCCUGAAGUCAGAUAAAACCCUUGCAGGGGUAGUAGAUGUAGAGAAAAAGCAGAUCUGCGGGGUAAGGGAGGCAGCUCAGGCAGGGUUGAUCGACCCUAACACCGCUGCUCGACUUCUAGAAGCUCAGGUGGCGUCUGGGGGGAUUGUUGACCUGCGUAGGGAUAAGAAAGUCUCUGUCACUCUAGCGGCAAACCUGGGACUGAUAGAGGAGGAUCAAAGGGAAGAACUGGUGAUACUAGAGAAAGCAUACAAAGGAAAGGAUACAGAUUCAAAAACAGCCCUCACUAAAGCCAGUUUACAGCUACAGAUGGAAGGUGUAAUUGACCCAGAGUCCAAGUCUCCCGUUCCUCUGGAGCAAGCAAUUCAGAAAGGGUUAAUUAAAUCCGAGGAUGCUUACCAGGUAUUGGCAAGGCAGGUGGCUGAGGGUGGUAUAAUUCAUCAUGCUUCAGGGAUGAGGCUGGCAGUUCCUGAUGCUGUAGACAGAGGAAUAGUGGACCGGUCCAUUGCUCCUGGGCUGGAAGAACUAGAGUGGGUCUACCAAGGAAAAGUUAGCUCUUCAUCUCACCCAGAAGCUGUUGUUUUCCAGGCAUCAACAGGGGCCAUUUUAGACCCUGACUCUGGAUGUAAAUUGACAUUGACAGAGGCAGUUUCUAAGGGUCUUCUAGAUGAGAAUAUUGCCAGUGAAGCCAUGGCUUCCUCUACUGUAACACAAGGAGCAAUUGACCCCAAAACUGCACGCAUUGUGCCUUAUUCUGAGCUUGUAAAUCAGGGUAAGAUAGAUAUUGAAACAGGCAAACGCUUCUUGGAGGUGAAACCAUUCAGAGGUAUUCCGGGUAAGCAAACAAAUGAUAACUUGACCCUUCCUGAGGCAGUUGCGUCAAAGCAAGUGGACCCAGUUCCAGCAUUGAGGCUGCUUCAAAGCCAGGCAGACAGUGGAGGGAUCAUUGAUAUUAGUACUGGAGAAAGGCUCCCCCUGUCUGAAGCCUGUGAAAGAGGGUUAGUUGAAGAUAAUAUGGUCAUGGUUAUAGCCACCAACCAGUUUUUGAAAGGAGGCUUAGUUGAUCCUGCCACUGGACAACAUGUCUCAAGUCUUGAUGAUGCCAUUGCAAAAGGACUGAUCUCCAGUCACGUAGCUUCAGAGAUCCAGGAGAGAUUAUCUUCUGUGGAGAAGGAGGGCGAGGAAGGUAGCUCUACACCUGUUACCUCAUCAAAUGGUACAUACAGCCCUGAUGUUACAUUGUCAGUGUCAAGCCCAGACAGUCCAGCAAACUGGUCAGACGUAAACACUGAGGUGCCUUCAAGAGCUGCACUUUCAAAGAAAGGUUUAGGAAUCACACAGGACGACGGAACGACAUUGACAUCUGUAGUAUCAGAUCAGUCACUGUUGUAUGAUACUACUACAGAAGAGGACAAAGUAGAAGCGCCAGUGUCAGAAAAGGCUUUGAUUGAGCCAGACCAAUCCAUAGACCUCUUGUGUAAGUUUGCUACUAAUGUUGAGAAAAGAAUUCAGGAAACCAUAAAAGAGGUAGUAGCGCAGGCAGACAUCAGUCAGUCAGAGCCUCUUCCUAAGCAUAAGUUUGAUGAGAGAAAGCAAAUAGGUGCGAGUGAGACUAAUGAUAAACAAAAGGGGGAAGUUUACAAAGAUGCUGUUGGAGAAUCCGGUCAGGUAAAUGUCUAUGACAUUGACAAAGAUUCACAGGAAGUGGUCAGAAAAGGAACUGCUAAUUUAAAAUCAGAAGGGGAACCUGUGAAGGUUGGGAAAAAGGAGUGUAGACCCGGCGAUGACAGCAAAUUAGUGGUUAAGCCUGAUUCUGAAGAUGGAAACCGGACAAGUUUUGUGGCAGCAGAGAUUAGAGAGGACAGAGAAAGCAAAGAUGGCACGGAAUUGUCGAAAUUGAGUGAAGAGAAAUAUAGAAAGAGCGAUGUGACAGCACAGAGAGAUGAUGCUGUAGAUGAGAAGGGUAAUAGAGUGGAGAAAGAGAAACCUUUAAAGAUUGAGAUCAAAUCUAGCACUGGCUCUGAGCAGUCAGAGCAGUUAUUGACCUCUCCAGCCAAAGAGACAGAAAUCAAAAGCAAGAAGAAGAGGAAGAAUAAAAAGAACGGAAAGGGUAAAGAAGCAGAGAGAGAACCACACCCUCCAGAGAUAAAACAUUCAUCUCAAAUUGAUCAAGCUGAUGCACAUAUUGAAGGGCAACUUGAGGCCGUUGAAGUUGUCACAGAUGAGCUUGCAUCACAAAACAAAUACGAGGCAUCUUCCACAGGACAGCCCAGAGAAGAAAGUGAAGCAAAGAUUGACAGGAAAGUUGAGGCUGAAAAUGAUUUGGUAAAACAGGGACAAGAAGCGGUUCCUGCCACUCUCAAAUUUACAGAACAUACUAUUGAGCCAGAGGAAGAUGCACUAAGAAUUGUGUUAUCGAAGGAUACAGAAAAGGUUGAUAAGAGAGAGAAGAUAAAAAGAGAGGAGCAGAAAGAGAGCGUUGAAGUGAAGGCUUCGGUCUCUCAGCAACCAGAACAGCCAGAGAGCAGUCAGGAAAGGAAGGAGCAAGAAUUCCCUCAGAAAUCUACUUUACCAAACAACGAGAAAGCAGCCUUGGUACUGAAAGCCAAAGAGAGCAUUCUUAAAAAGGUGUUUGAAAUAGGGGUGAGUGACAAGCAGGCUGCUGAGGAGCUGCAGGCACUGCGCAAGGAGGUGGGGAAGAAGGAGAGUCAAGGCUCCACUGUAAAGGCACAAACUCAUGAUGUCAAAGAUGAUGGUGUCAAGAGACCCAGUGGUUCACCAAAAGAGAGUGAGGAAGAGGUGAGCGUCAAAGACGACGAAAUGAAAUUGACGAGGGUCAAAGAAGACAAGACUGUGGAGAAACCUUCUGUCAAGGAGGACAUGGAGACCAAACUAUUGGAGGUUUCUUUGAUUCAGACAGAGGAGAACAGGAGUUCUGGAAAGGAAGACAUUGAAACCGCUCCAUCAGUCCAGCCUAAAGAAACCCAGCAGAGUAAAAGAAGAAAGAAGAACAAGAAGACCAAGACUUCAAACGUGACCGACAAAACUGAGCCUGAUUCUGAGAAAUUACCGACUGCUGAAAAAGUGGAUUCUCAGGUGACAACAACACAAAUGACCACUGAAUCUACAAUGGCAAAAUCAGCUCUGAGUGAUGGUCAGUCAGCCAGUGAUGUCAUCAGACCUUCAGUUGGUGAGAAGGCCAAUGCAAUGGAGGCCUCUAUAAUUAAUGUUAAAGGAGCUGAGACUAGUCAACGAAGUCCACCAUAUUUAUGUAAAUCAGAAGAACCCAGUUCUCACAUUGAGGAACCCUUACAAUUAGCAGGGCUUACAUCUAUCGGGAAAGACGAAUCCCAUUCAGAAACCACAAAUGCUGGCGAAUCCACAGACAUUGCUCACGAGGCUGUCACAUGCAAACCAGACAUCCAACCCACAGCUCGAUCCAUGGCUCUUGGCACACAACCAGAUAGAACAGCAGGGAAAGGUAAAAAGAAGAAAAGGCACCAACCACCUGAAGAUAAGAGCGCCAGUGUUCCCAAAUCCAACUCUUUAAAAGACCAACAGCAAUAUAUUGAGUCUCCAGAAUCAGCACCUUCGCUCUCAGAAGAUACAUCAACUGAGUCUGAAUCACCUGGAGUCCCCGAGUCUGACGCGGCCUCUGAGAGUUGGGGUGAGGGAGAGGAUGAUGUCGGGGAGAGUCGAGAAAUUGGGUCAAACAAAGAGGGGACGACAUCCAUGACUGGCAAGUCAUCACUGAUGCGUCAGGAGUGCUUAGAGCAUGACCAGCAAAUUGUAGCCCUGGUCUCCAUGGUAAGACACGUUGAGGUCCGACUCAAACAGCAGCAACAGCAGUCUGUUGGCCGCAGCCUCAUCGCCUUGGAUGACAUCAUCAGACAGACAGAGACUCUGGACCUUGAAUUGCGUGACUUGGAGCCUGCGAUCAACAAGGAAGUAAAGGCUGCUGAAGAGGUGUUGAAGCCCCAACCCAAAGACGUUCCUCCGCAGCUCCUAUUGGCCCUGGAGAAGGACAGGCGCAGCUUGGCUCGAGGGUAUGAUGCUGCCAGAGCACUUUCUGAGGACAUUCUGCAAAGUCUAAGAGACCAUAGAGACUCUUAUAAGGAGGCAGUAACAGCCGAGCAGAAGUCACUGGGAGGACAAGUGGAGAGUCUGCUCUCUUGGUUAAUGGAGACCGAGGCUCAGAUGGAUGGAGGUAUGGCGGGGAUGGAAAAAAUAGAGACCACAGAAAAAGAUGACAAUCGUGAUCAGCUCACACAGCAGCUGAAUCUCUGCAAGGAGCUCCAGUCCUCUCUGGUGGCUCGCUCCAGUGAGGUCAACAACACUGCCUUUGACAUUCAGGUGUUCAUCUCGGAGCGGGCCCAGGACCUGGCCCCCGAGCAGAGCAGGCAGCUUCUGGGGAAGCUCCAGCAGCUCCAGAGGACCUUCCACUUAGCGUCAGGCAAAGCCCAGGCCUGGGCAGAUGCCCUCUCUGCGCAGAAAGAGAGGGAGGAGGAAUGGCAGCGCAGAGAGAGGGAGAAAGAAGAGGAGAAGGACAGAGAAAGGCAGAGUGCAAGGGAGAGAGAGGUGGUUCAACAGCAGAAAGCUGAAUGCUCUCAGAAAAUAGAAGGCCUAACCAUGUGGUUGGCUGGAGCUGCCAGCUUGCUGGCCAGUCAGAUCAGUGGAGCAGAGUCAGGUGACGUGAACGUCUUGCAAGAGAAGCAGAAAAGACUCAAGGAAGCACAGAAGGACCUCAAGACCAAAGGGGAGGGCAUCGCCGAGGCUAUCCGCUCUGCGGAGGAGCUCCUGGCAGACCGAGGAGGAAGUCUGAGCCCAGAGGAGAGGGAGAACCUCCAGGGGGCCCUAACAAGAAUGAAGGAGCAGUACAGUGCCCUGAAAGAUUCAGCAAACACGUCACUGUCAAAGCUGGACACAGCCAUCAACACAACCGUACAGCAGAACACACAACGGGCAAAGGCUGUGGAGGAUCUCCAGGAGACCCAAGGCCAGAUAGACUCUCUGCUGAACGAGUUGUCUUCCCUUAACCAACCAGGCGGGAGAGGAGCUGGAUCUGGAGUGGCCCAAGAUUUUACUGAUGCAACAUUCUCACAGCCAGAGGGCGCUUUAAUGUCACGCACAGAGAUGCUGCAGACGGAGCUUCAGCAGCUCCAGUCUCAGCAGGCACAGCUACUCCAGAUCACCCAGUCGACUCGCUCCCUUCUGGACCAGCCAGACUCCACUGUUCCUCCCGAAGAGAAGCAGCGUCUCCGAGCUGCCCUGGAUCAGCUGCAGGCCCAGCACCAGGACAAGCUGCAGAGCUGCCAGGACCGUCUGAGGAAGUCUGAGGCUCUGAAGGAUGAGCUGACGAAGUUCCUCCAAGAACAUGGAAGUCUUGGUACCUGGCUGGAACAAAAUGAACAGGAGCUCUGUUCCUUAGGGGAAGGAGAAACCGAUGCACAAGGACUGAAGGGCAGGCUGGAAGAGCACAGAAAGCUUGCUGAAGAUGUAAUUUGCCACAAGGCGGACCUGCGGUUUGUUUCCAUCUCCGGUCAAAAGGUUCUGGACUCUGUACAAGGAGCUCUGGAGCAAGUUGGUGGUCCAGACCCAGCUCUGGACAACACCAAGCAGCUGGUAACUGACAAACUGCAGGAUGCUAACCACAGAUACACAACCCUACACACCAAGUCAACAGAGUUGGGCGGCCGUUUGUCCGGCCUGUUGGAGAGGUACCAGCAGUACCAGGAUGAGGUUGUCUCUCUCCACUCUUGGCUCAGCACUCAGGAACAGAACCAAAGCAUAGCCAAGCCCAGUGGGGAGACAGACCCCCAGAACCUGGAGAACACACUACGACAAGUACAGCUGCUGCAGGACGAGCUGGCUGAGCGUUCGGUGCAGCUGCAGAAGGUGAAGAGAGCAGGAAGAGAUCUGGUCAGCACAGAUGAGUCUCCUUCCCUAAAAGCUGUUGACAUCCUCUGUGCAGCAGAUGGUUUAGAGAAGAGGUUCGGCUCCCUCUCUGCGUCUGUGUCAGAAAGGGCCGAGCAGCUGCAGACAGCUGUGGCCCAGUCGGUCAGCGUCCAGGAGGGCUUAAAGGGUCUGCUGAGCUGGCUGGACAACCUGGUUCUAAAUCCUGGUCCUGUAGAGCCCUCCGCACAGGCUGUACAAGACGCCCUGACACAGAACCAGAAACUUCGCCAGGAGCUGCUGUCCAGACAGGGCAGCGUGGAAGCCACACGAGACUCUGUUUCCAAACUCCUUAAGAGCUCUGACGCCUCCACGGCCUCUGGCCUCCAGGGCGCUUUAGAUGAACUGACUCAGCGCUACGCUGCAGCACAGGCUAGCCAGGCCGAGAGGGAAGCUGAGCUCAAAGGACUGCUGCCCCGGCUGGAGAGCUACGAGCGGCUGGGGACUGACCUCCAGGUCUUCACCCAGAGCCGACUGAAGGCUCUGAGCCCCGCCGGCCAGCCAGACCGCAGCGUGGAUGACUACAGGCAGACCAUUGAGGAGGUCAGGUCCGAGCUAGAGCAGGAAGCUGGCCAGCUGAAAUCCUUCUGCAACCUCGGCACCGAGCUCAGCCAAUCAAAAGCUUUCAAUAACACUCAAAGCUUAUUGGAUAAUGUCAAAGGGGUAUCUGAUGAGUUCACCCAACUGGAAGCCAAUGUCAACAAAAGGUUUGCUGCCAUCCAGACCUGCGAGCAGCAACUGCUGCAGUUCCGCGGCCUCUCUGGCUCUGUCCUCAGGUGGCUUCAGACAGCACAGGACCAGCUGCCGUCCAAAGAGGCCAACCUCAACACAGAGGGCCUGCAGAGAAGAGUGCAGCAGCUCAAGGACUUGCUAAAUGACUGGGAGUCACAGGGAUCAAGAGUUCAGGAGCUGAACAAGACGGGCUCAGAGCUGGAGUCCCUCAUCAUCGACAUCACCACUCCUCAGACCAAAACUGGUGCUCCUCAAAUCAAUGGCUCAGCCGGUCCCAGCAGUGUCAAUGGCAUUCACACCUGUAAAGACCUGACGGAGCUCCAGGUAGCCGUAUCUGAUGUAAACGGUCGAUACGAGACGCUGGGCGGGGAGUUAAAGGAGCGUCUUGGUCGCCAGAAGACCUCGCUGGAGCUGAGGCAGAAGGCCAGGCAGGGCACCGAUGAGCUGAAGAACUGGCUGACAGACAGAGAGCACAGCCUGAAAGAGGGACAGACCGCCUCCCCCUCCAAACCUGAGGUGGUACGCGCCCAGGCCGAGGAGAACAAGGCUCUGCUUUCAGAGCUGGCGGACCACUCUGGGAAGGUAGAGGAGCUGAAGAGCACACUGAGGAAGCUGAUCGCUGACAAUCCUGAUUCUCCUGAAGCAGACACCUGGAGACAGCAGCUGCAAGAGAUAGACUCCCGCUGGCAGACGGCCAAUCAGACUGCAACCCAGAGGCAGACUGAGCUGGAGAUGUGUGCCGAUAGGCUGGGCAGCUUUGCUUCAGCCGCCAGUCAGCUGGGCCCGUGGCUGAGAGAGAAGGAGCUGAUGAUGAGUGUGCUGGGACCGCUGAGCAUCGACCCCAACAUGCUCAACACACAGAAACAACAAGCACAGUUCAUGCUUCGCGAGUUUGAGACCAGACGACCACAGUUUGACCAGCUGACUCAGUCCGCCGAGGGAAUCCUCUCCCAGACUGGCGACUCUGCUCAGGACCCCAAGGACCUGGAGGAGGUGCGAUCUGAGCUGGGCUCCAUCUCCCAGCAGUGGGAGGACCUAACAAACCGACUGGCUCAGAGGUCAGAUCACAUCGACCAGGCCCAAGGAACCAGCCAGCGGUACCAGGCCUUGCUCAGAGAGCUCUCCUCCAGUGUUUCUGCUCUGGGCGAGAGGUUGGAUGGCCAGGCGUCGCUGAGCGCCCAGCCCGAAGCGCUGAAACGUCGCCUGCAGGAAACGGGAGAGAUCCGCUCAGAGCUGGAGAGACGGCGGACCGAGCUCGCCGAGGCUGAGUUGCUCUGCAAGGAGCUGAGCGCCAUCGUGGCUGAACCCUACCUGAAGGAAGAGCUGAGUAAACGACUGGAGAGUGUCAGCGGGCCGCUGAAGAGUUUAGAGGAGCGCGCAGCCGACGGUCUGUCUCAGCUCCAGGCCGCCCUGUCAUCCACCCAGCAGUUCCAGCAGAUGUUUGAGGAGUUGCGCUCCUGGCUCGACAAGCAGGCGGAUCCCAGAGAAUCCUCCGCGGACCCUGUGCCCUGUCAGCCAGAGGCCAUCCGCUCCCUGCUGGCACAGACCGACGAUCUCCAGCGUGGGAUCGCCAGUCAGCGAGGCUCCUACGAGCUGCUUCAGGCUGAGGGAGCGUCGCUGCUCGCCACCCUCCCCGCCGGCGGAGACGAACGCUCUGUCCUGCAGUCUCGCCUGGCCUCCUUGAAGCAGGACUGGGAGGGGCUGAACCAGAGGAUCUCAGACAGAGAGAGCAGACUGAAGACCACCCUGAGCAAAGCAGAAAGCUACCAGCAGCACAAGGCCGAGCUGGUACCGUGGUUAGCCGAGUGUGACGAGAAAGCCGCAGAGAUCCAGCCGUCGCUGGAAUCUUCGGCCCUGGACGAAGCCUUGCAGAAGGCUCGAGGUCUAUCACUGGACCUCGAAAGACGACAACCUCUUUUCGAGGCCUUCAAUACUGCAGCGGAUCAGCUGCUAGAACAAUGCUGCAUCGGGGAGGAAGAGGUACGAGAUGAGAAGGCCCAGCUGAACCGCAGGGUGGACGGACUGAGCGAGAGGCUCCACAGCUGCACCUCCCAGCUGGAGGAGCUGGCUGGCCGCCUCAAGGAGUUUGAAGAGGGCAGACAGGCUGCAGAGAGGAGGCUGGAGGCUGCCAAGCACCAGAUUGAAGUCCAGGAGGCUCUGGGACCACAGGCGUGCAGUGCAAAGAGCCUGGAGCGUCUGAGAAGUCAGCAGGAGAGCCUAAGGUCCCUGGAGUCUCAGGUGGUCUACCUCAGAGACCUGGCCCAGGGGCUGGUUCAGGACGCACCCCAGACACCGGGAGGCAGCACUGAGGGGACACUGAGACUUCAGGAGCAGGCCAAGGAAACCGAGAAAGAGUACAAUGACGUGACGGACAAGAUCGAGCAGUGCUGCUCCUCCCUGGAGUCCCGGCUGCAGGGCGUUGGCGAGGUCCAGUCUCAUGUGCGGGAUGUCUUCUCGCGCAUUGCCGACCUUGAUGAUGAACUGGACUCCCUCAGCCCCGUCGGACGCGAUGCAGACUCCCUGGCUUCUCAGGCCGAAGCCCUUAAGGGCUACUUGUCCCGUCUGGCCAACCUCAGGACGGAGCUGGAGGGCCAGACGUCGGAGUGCACCACCAUGCUGCGGCGAGAAGGCUCCUCACCGGACCUCCUGGCUCUCAGGAGGGAGACGGAGGCUCUGAGCCGCCAGGCCGGCAAGCUGAGCGAGCGCGGCCAGGCCAGGUUGGACCAGAUCGAGGACGCUGCCGAGAAGGUUCGGGAGUUCUACCGGCUGGUUGGCGAGCUGCAAGGCCUGCUGGGAAGGGCCGAAGACGGGCUGAACGCACAGGGCAUGGUCGGCACAGAGGUGGAGAUGAUCAAACAGCAGCUGCAGGAGUUUAAGGCCGUGGAGAGAGAGCAGGUGGACAGCAUUCAACCAAAGCUGCAGCACGUCAACGCAGUGGGUCAGGGUCUGAUCCAGAGCGCCGCCAAACACACAGACACCCAGGCACUGGAGCACGACCUGGAGACCACCAACCUUCAAUGGAACUCCCUCAACAAGCGGGUGGCAGAGCGGAUUGCCCAGCUGCAGGAGGCCCUGUUGCAUUGUGGGAAAUUCCAGGAUGCUCUCGAGCCUCUGCUAAGCUGGCUGAGCGACACAGAGGAGCUGGUGGCCAAUCAAAAGCCCCCAUCUGCCGAGUACCGUGUAGUCAAGGCCCAGAUCCAAGAACAAAAGCUGCUCCAGAGAUUGUUAGAUGACCGCCGGCCGACGGUGGAGAUGAUCAGCGCUGAGGGAGAGAGGAUCGCAGCCACAGCGGACACUCAUGACCGAGAGAAGAUUCAGACCCAGCUUCAGUGUCUGGCAGAGAGAUGGACUGACCUGCUGGACAAGGCCAGCGGCAGGCAGAGGCAGUUGGAGGAGCUGCAGGUUUUGGCUCUUCAGUUCCACGAAGCCGUGGAGCCGCUGGGAGAAUGGCUGAGUGCCACGGAGAGACGCCUGAGCUCCGCCGAGCCCAUGGGAACCCAGACGGCCAAGAUCACCCAGCAGAUCGUGAAGCACAAGGCGGUUCAAGAGGACGUGUCCUCACGUGCAGCCGAGGUUGACCACCUCGAGUCCCUAAGCCAAUCGCUGACCCCGCUCAGCUGUGCAGCCGACCGUGAUUGGUUAAGCGAGCGCGUGGGGGCGGUCAGGUCAGGUCACUCGGAACUUACUGAUUGGUGCUCCAGGCGGGCGGGCAUGCUGGAGCAGGCGCUGGCUAACGCUCAGCUGUUUGGGGAGGAGGAGGUAGAGGUGCUGAACUGGCUGGCAGAGGUGGCUCAGAGGCUGGCUCAGGUCUCUGUCCAGAGCUACCAGCAUCAGCUCCUGGCCGAGCAGCACAAACACACUCUGUCUCUAAAUGAAGAGAUUGUGAGCAGGAAGAAGACCGUGGACCAGGCCAUCAAGAAUGGGCAGGCCUUACUUAAACAGACCACAGGUGAGGAAGUUCUCCUGAUCCAGGAGAAGCUGGAUGGCAUCAAGUCUCGCUAUGCUGAGAUGACAGCUGGCAGCAGCAAGGCCCUCCGCACUCUGGAGCAGGCCCUGCAGCUGGCCACGCGAUUCGCCAGCGCCCACGACGACAUCAACCAGUGGCUGGACAGCGUGGAGGCGGAGCUUAACAAUAUGGAGCCCGACGCCACGCCCGCCUACCAGGAAAGACAGAAGGAGCUGAAGAAAGUGUCGGCAGAGAAGCGUCUGGUGCUGGAUACGGUGAACGAGGUGGGCAGCGCCCUGCUGGAUCUGGUGCCGUGGCGAGCCCGCGAGGGCCUCGACCGCCUGGUCGCCGAUGCCAACCAGCGCUACCGCCAGUCUGAUGAAACCAUCACUCAGCGUGUGCAGCUGGUACAAGCUGCCAUCCAGAGGUCACAACAGUAUGAGGAGGCAGUGGAUGCAGAGCUGGCCUGGGUCGGGGAGACGGAGCGGAAAUUGAAGUCUCUGGGGCACCUGAGCCUGGAGCCCGACGUGACGGUGGCCCAGAUGCAAGUGCAGAGGGCCUUCAAUAUCGAUAUCAUCCGACACAGAGACACUGUGGAUCAGCUGCUCAGCACCAGAGACGACAUCCUGGAAACCUGCAGCGACGCCCAGAAGGACGCACUGAUAGUGAAGACCGAUUCUCUCAGUGCUCGUUAUGAUGCAGUGAGUCAGAGCCACAGUGAGCGGUUCUCGGCCCUGGAGCAGGCCCAGGUUUUGGUUGCUCGGUUCUGGGAGACCUACGAGGAGCUGGAGCCGUGGUUGGGCGAGACUGAAACCCUCAUCUCCCAGCUGCCACCGCCAGCCAUCGACACCGACGCUCUCCGACUCCAACAGGACCAGAUGAGACUGCUCAGGGAGUCUAUCGCAGAGCACAAGCCCCACAUCGACAAGCUGCUGAAGAUUGGACCCCAGCUGGCCGAGCUCAGCCUCCAGGAGGGGGCGACGGUGACGCAGCGCUACUCGGAGGCCGAGAGACGCUACCUGGCCAUCAAAGACGGGGUCAAAGGUCGUGCGACAACCCUAGACGAGGCAGUGUCCCAGUCUUCACAGCUGGUAGAGUUUCACGACAAGAUGGACCCCUUGUUGGAGACCCUGGAGGGGGCGGUCCAGCGGCUGCGCCAGCCUCCUCCGGUGGCCGCAGAGGUGGAGAAGAUCAGGGAGCAGCUGGCAGAGCACCGAGCCCAGGGGCUGGAGCUGGACAAACUGCUGCCAAGCUUCUCCGCCCUCUGCGCCCGAGGAGAGGAGCUCAUCGGACGAGCUGCUCACGACGAUCCUGCUGCUCAGGCCGUUCGUACCCGCCUCCUACGCCUGCGCACCCUGUGGGACGAGAUCCGGCAGCGGGCCGAGGAGAGGGAGGGGAAGCUGAACGACGUCUUGGACCUGGCCGGGAAGUUCUGGGCCGACGUGGCGGCGCUACUGAGCACGCUCCGAGACUCCCAAGAUAUCGUGAAAGAGCUGGAGGACCCUGGCGUGGACCCCUCACUCAUCAAACAACAGAUUGAGGCUGCUGAGGCCAUUAAGGCAGAGACGGAUGGUCUGAGGGAGGAGCUGGAGUUUGUCAGGACCCUCGGAGCUGACCUUAUCUUUGCCUGUGGAGAAACCGAGAAACCUGAAGUCAAGAAGACCAUUGAUGAGAUGAAUGCUGCCUGGGAAGGUCUGAACCGCACGUGGAGAGAGAGGAUGGAGAGACUGGAGGAGGCCAUGACAGCGUCUGUGCAGUAUCAGGACGCACUGCAGUCUAUGUUUGACUACCUGGACAACGCAGUGAUUAAGCUGUGUGACAUGUCGACUGUGGGAACUGAUCUGGGAACUGUCAAACAGCAGAUUGAAGAGCUCAAGCAGUACAAGGUGGAGGUUUACCAGCAGCAGAUUGACAUGGAGAAGCUGUGCCACCAGGGGGAGCUGCUGUUGAAGAAGGUGUCCGACCAGACAGACAGGGACAUGAUCCAGGAGCCACUGACCGAGCUCCGGCACCUCUGGGAAAACCUGGGGGAUAAAAUCACCCACAGACAGCACAAGCUUGAGGCUGCCCUGCUGGCCCUGGGUCAGUUCCAGCAUGCCCUGUCUGAGCUGCAGGCCUGGCUGAACCACACACACACCACUCUGGACACACAGCGACCAAUCAGCUCUGACCCCAAGGCCAUCGAAAUCGAGCUGGCUAAACACCACGUUUUGCGCAAUGAUGUCCUAUCCCAUCAUGCAACUGUGGAGAAUGUGAACGGUGCGGGCGCUGAGCUGCUGGAGUCGUCUCCUGGCGACGAGGCCAGCCACCUGAGAGAUCAGCUGGAUCAGCUCAACCAGGGCUGGGAGAGCCUCCUGCUCAAGAGCCAGGAGCGGCAAAAGCUACUGGAGGCUGCUCUGCAGCAGGCUGAAGGCUUCCACGGCGAGUUGGAGGAGUUCCUCCAAUGGCUGAGGAGGACGGAGAGCCAGCUGUCUGCCGCCAAGCCGACAGGAGGUCUCCCUGAAACAGCCAGAGAGCAGCUACAGCAACACAUGGAGCUUCAGAGCCAGCUGACUCAGCGCGGAGAACAGUAUCACCGCCUGCUGGAUCAAGGGGAGUCCAUGCUGCUGGCUCGUGGAGGAGAGGAAGCAGGACCCGGUACCACCCAGACCCAGCAGAACCUGGCCAUGCUGCAGAACAAGUGGGCCAGCUUCAACACCAAGAUGGACGACCGCAGGGCAAAGUUGGAUGAGGCCGUUUCCUUGGCAACAGGUUUCCAGACCUCCCUGCAGGACACCAUCAACUGGCUGACCCAGGCUGAACAGACCCUGAACAUGGCCCAGCCCCCCAGCCUCAUGCUGGACACUGUCCUCUUCCAGAUUGAUGAGCACAAGGUAUUUGUGAAUGAGGUGAACACCCACAGAGAGCAGGUCCUGGCUCUGGAGAAGGCCGGCUCUCAGCUUCGCUUUGCCAGUCUGAAGCAGGAUGUUGUUCUUAUUAAAAACCUGCUGCUCAGCGUCCAGGCCCGCUGGGACAAGCUGGUCCAGAGGUCACUGGACCGUGGCCGACACCUCGAUGAGGCCCGAAAACGUGCCAAACAGUUCCACGAGGCCUGGAGGAAGCUGACAGACUGGCUAGAAGAAGCAGAGAAAAGACUGGACUCCGAGCUGGAGAUCUCCAACGAGCCGGACAAGAUCAAAGUACAACUGGCCAAACACAAGGAGUUCCAGAAAGCGUUGGGAUCGAAGCAGCCGGUUUACGACACUACAGUGAGGUCUGGGCGGGCCAUGAGGGACAAGGCUCAGCUGCCUGCAGACACCCAGAAACUAGACCACCUGGUGGGAGAGGUCCGCGACAAGUGGGACACAGUCUGUGGCAAGAGCGUGGAGAGACAAUACAAACUGGAGGAGGCUCUGCUGUUCUCAGGCCAGUUUGCAGAGGCUCUGCAGGCCCUGGUGGACUGGUUGUAUCGGGUAGAGCCCCAGCUGGCUGAAGACCAGCCUGUCAAUGGAGAUCUGGAUCUGGUGUCCAACCUCAUGGACUCACAUAAGGCUUUCCAAAAAGAGCUGGGUAAGAGAACCGGCAGCGUUCAGGCUCUGAAGCGCUCAGCUCGGGACCUGAUGGAUACCGGCCGCGAUGACACGGCGUGGGUCAAAGUUCAGCUUCAGGAGCUCAGCAACCGCUGGGAUACAGUGUGCGCUCUGUCGGUCACAAAGCAAACCCGUCUCCAGCAGGCCCUCAAACAGGCGGAGGAGUUCCGUACGGCGAUACAGAUGCUCCUGGAGUGGCUCUCUGAGGCGGAGCAGACGCUUCGUUUCCGUGGCGUCCUUCCCGAAGAGGCAGAGACUCUGCAGGCGCUGCUGCACACACAUCGUGACUUCAUGGGCACCGUGGAGGACAAGAGGACGGAUGUCAACAAGGCUGCUGGCAUGGGAGAGAGCAUCCUGACUGUUUGUCACCCAGACUCCAUCACCACCAUCAAACACUGGAUAACCAUCAUCAGGGCACGCUUCGAGGAGGUGCUGACGUGGGCCAAACAGCACGAGCAGCGGCUGGAGACGGCUCUGACCGAGGUGCUCAACAACGCCAACCUGCUGGAGGAGCUGUUGUCAUGGCUACAGUUUGCGGAGACCACACUGGUCCAGAGAGACACAGAGCCGCUCCCUCAGGACAUCCCACAACUCAAAACACUCAUCACAGAACACCAGAUGUUUAUGGAGGAGAUGACGAGGAAGCAGCCAGAUGUUGACAAAGUGACGAAGACCUACAAAAGAAAACCAGCUGAGGCUCCCAGCAGCCUGGCUGAGAGGAGAGGAGCUCGCAAACACCAGCAGCAGCAGCAACAGCAGGCAGCCAUGCAGCUCUCCGGAGGAAACCCACGGCUCAACCAGCUCUGUGCCAGGUGGCAGCAAGUUUGGCUGCUGGCUCUUGACCGCCAGCGCAAACUCAAUGAUGGUCUGGACAGACUGGAGGAGCUCAAAGAGUUUGCCAACUUUGACUUUGAUGUGUGGAGGAAAAAGUACAUGCGCUGGAUGAACCAUAAGAAGUCUCGCGUCAUGGACUUCUUCAGACGCAUCGACAAGGACCAAGAUGGAAAGAUCACGCGCCAGGAGUUUAUCGACGGCAUCCUGGCAUCAAAGUUUCCCACCAGUAAGCUGGAGAUGACAGCAGUGGCAGACAUCUUUGACAGAGACGGAGACGGUUACAUUGACUACUACGAGUUUGUUGCUGCUCUGCACCCCAACAAGGACGCCUACAGACCUACCACUGACGCUGAUAAGAUAGAGGAUGAGGUGACUCGGCAGGUGGCCCAGUGUAAAUGUGCCAAGAGGUUCCAAGUGGAGCAGAUAGGAGAGAACAAAUACCGGUUCGGUGACUCUCAGCAGCUGCGUCUGGUGAGGAUUCUGCGCAGCACGGUGAUGGUGAGAGUCGGAGGUGGUUGGAUGGCUCUGGACGAGUUCCUGGUCAAAAAUGAUCCAUGCAGAGCUCGUGGCCGCACCAACCUGGAGCUGAGGGAGAAGUUCAUCCUUCCCGAAGGAGCGUCUCAGGGUCUGGCCGCCUUCCGCACCCGAGGUCGACGCUCCAAACCGGGCUCCCGCAACGCCUCGCCCACCCGCUCCUCCUCCUCGGCCUCCCACAGCGGAGCCUCCCUCCCCUCUGCUCCCUCCACCCCCCCUGAUGUAUCCCGUGUUCUCCUGCAGGGGGCGACGUCAGGCUCCAAACUAAAGAGGCCGACGUUCCACUCGAGCCGAGGCUCGCUAACCGGAGAGAACGGAGGAGCGACACACGCCAGCAAACCAGCACGAAGUGAUCCGAAGCGAGGGACAUCCACAGCCAGUGGGCCAACCAGCCGAGCCGGCAGCCGAGCGGGCAGCAGAGCCAGCAGUCGCCGCGGCAGCGAUGCCUCAGACGCAUCAGAGCUGCAGGACGCCCGUUCCGUCUGCUCAGACGCCUCGGACACCCCACGCCGACCCGGUACCGGGGCCAAACCCUCCAAGAUUCCCACCAUCUCCAAAAAGGCCCCCAGCCCAAAGACCCCAGGGGCUGGGAAGAAAUAACACCAGCCACAGGGGAAACUGGAGCAGAACCAAUAUUCCUCCAUUUCACAGAGGGUGGACUGCUAUCAUUGGGCAUUUUGGGUGUACCAGCUCUUUAAUCUAAAGUCCAUCUAACAGGGCUUAUGUAGAGUUUGUGCACUCUGACUGACAUUUCCCAAGGGAAAGAAAGAGAUGGAUAGGAUGAGUGAAUCUCCUUCUCACUCUUUCCCCGGUCUCAUAAACGGACUGAAAACAUGCACAAGAGGAGUAGAGUUCUGGUCUGGUGGUUCCAGGCCAGCAUCUGUGGGGUCGAGACCGACUUUUCCCCUUUAAGAAGCGACCCCAUUUUGCCUUCCAGUCUCCUGCUUUAUCUUUCAAAAGUUCCCCACCCGUGUGGAACCAAACACCACCUGACCUGACGUGAUGCUGCCUUACUUAUACACUUCUGUCCCGAUCAGACAGAACAACAGAGAAAAGUCUUUAAACUGCUUUAUACCACACUGACACACAGAUACACACACACACAUUUUAACACAGAGGCGGGGUAGGGAGUGGGACACACCACCACCAUGGCUACAAAACCAACAAAAAUGCCCAAAUGACAUUCAGGAAGAAAAAGAAUUGUGGGUCGUUAUUUUGGCUUGUGGGCCAGAUGCCUCAACGAUGAGUUUAAAAAGAAAAUAUGCAACGACUGCCAUGUCCCUUCCUCCGGACGGGCUGGUGAGAAAAACCGUCACCUCAGCAGAUCUGCACAAGCAGACACAACGUGUGGAGAGCUCAGGAGGCGGGACACACUGUCCGACACACACACACACACACACACACACACACACACACACACACACACACACACACACACACACACACCGGCUAACCUCAGACUCAGAGGGUCGGUGGUGGUGACUGUAGCGGUGGUGCUGCUGCUGCAGCUGAGGGCAAACACUCACACACUCAAACACCGCAGAGCAGACUCCUCCUGACCACUGGAACGUUAAGAUCAGCCUUGUGUGUGCAUUUCAGCAAAGGGCGGUGUGGUUUUUCACAUGCCGGCGUAACAAUCCAACACACAAAUAACACAAACUGGCAAUAGAAAGGACUAUUUUUAUGGUGACACUCAACUAACAUCACAUUACUGACAAUAUACAACCUGUAACCUAACCUGAUGUUAAUGACCGUGUUCGCGGAGUUCGACAACCAGCAUGCACUAAUUGUCUCUUUCUCUGCAGUUCCACCUUAAUGUCUACGCUGCGUUGCCCUUAGCAGCCCAGCAGCACACACACACACACACACACACACACACACACACAAGGUGGUGUGUAUAAUGUGUGUCAUUGUUACAGGAAAUGAUAGAGGUCAUUGACUUGAUUCACUGUAUGCAAAAAUUUUAAUUUGCGAAUGUCAUUUCUUUGUUUUCUUCUCUGUUUUCUGGUUAAUUUAUAAUCCAGUUGUACUAUUGUUAUCUAGCUUGAAAGAAAAAUCUAUUUAUUUUUCAGUUUCAUGUCAUAUCACUAUUGGCGGGAAAGUGAUUUAGUAUUAUGGUUAAAGAAACUGUUUGGUUGUUGUUUUUUUUUGUACCAAGGAAAUGUCCGCUCCGCUCUUUGACAUUAUUUGUGUGUUUCUACUUCAUUGUAACAUUACAUUAUUCACUAGGUCACUGAUUCUGAUUCUAGUGGCAGCCUUGUUUGUUCAUUUUUCAUUUUUUGUUUUUUUUUGCUAAUGACUACAAUUCCCA